UGAUCGGAGAGAGGUCCGGCUUACUGCUAUUUUCUUUCAGCGCACUCUGUGGAUUGAAAAGGAGGGAAGGAAAGAGCCGCCAAAAUUCUUUUUUGGUUUCUUGGCUCUGAAGAUUGUCAUCUCCAUUUCUCCAAAUCGAGUUACCCAUUUGCAGAACCCAUAUUACAAAGCGAGAAAAUAUUCCAAAAUUUUUAGGCAGGUCAGCCUUGGAGGACCUAACUCUGUUGUCGUCAUACCCCCCCACCCUCUCUCUCUCUCUCUCUCGCUCUGAGACAAGCAACCAUCCAGGCGUCGCAGAGGGGCAAAAUGCAUCGUCUGCCCACUUAUCAUUAAAGCCUGUGGAGUUUGGACCGAAAGGGGAAAUGGCGGGGGUGUUGAGGAGUUGCAUACAGUCCAUCCUAAAGCUCUUGAAUUCCAUUAUAGGGAUGGCUGGGAUCGCCAUGAUUCUCUACUCUCUUUGGAUGAUCAGGAUUUGGAGCUCCCACCUCGAUGAUGCCCAGUUGCCCGCUCCAUGGUUCAUUUACACCUUUCUUGGACUUGGGAUAUUCUUGUGCAUCAUUACUUGUUCAGGACAUAUUGCUGCUGAGACUGCAAAUGGUCAUUGCCUCUCUUGCUAUAUGGUAUUUGUUUUUCUGCUCAUAUUGCUGGAGUCCGGAAUAACUGCCGAUAUAUUUCUGAACCGAGACUGGGAAGCGGAUUUCCCUGAGGAUCCUACUGGGAGAUUCGAUGAGUUCAAAGAUUUUGUAAGAGCAAACUUUGAAAUGUGCAAGUGGGUAGGAUUAUUGAUUGUGGCUGCACAGGCCUUUUCUCUCCUUUUGGCAAUGAUUCUCCGAGCGCUUGGGCCAGAUAUUGGUGGAAACUAUGACAGUGAUGAUGAUUCCACUGUUGCUGCCAGGCUACCUCUUCUAAGGAAUGCGGCCCAACCUUCCCCUUUCACUGCUGACCCGCGUUAUCUACCCCAAAAAGAAGAGCUCUGGGGUGUGAAAAUAGAAGAUAAGUCAUACAGGUAAAACAUUGACACUUGGGAUGGAACUAUUCCAGAUAACACAGUUUGCAUCUUGGAUUGGAUAAAGCUGAGUGUGAAGUUAAGUCUGGUUCUUUAGGUUUGACCGUUUGAGACCCCAUUGACAGGAUAUCCUUCUUCUCUUUUUUUGGCAACAUAAUCGAAGGCAUGCUGAUUUCUGAGAUCUAAAAGUGGAUAAUUUUAACUGUUAAAGUUUCAUGCUAAUGGGUAUUUGCAGGAACAACCCUUCAAACUUUUCAUAGCGAAGGGAUAGGUGCUGUAAUCCCAGACUGUUAUAAUAUAAUUCCUGGUUCGUUGCUUGUAUUAAACAUUUUCUUUGGCCAGCUUAUGGUCUAUUCUAACCACAUGGAAAUGAUUUGAUGAAUCAUAACUUUUGUUACUGAUUUUGUUA